GACAUGACAUCCACUAUAGAGAGGAAGACACUGGAAGCCAAUGAGGAGCCAGUUGAUGAGGUCCUCCAGAUGCCCCCGUCUCUGCUGACUUGUGGCGGGUGUCAGCAGAGCAUCGGUGACAGAUUCUUCCUGAAGGCCAUCGAGCAGUACUGGCAUGAGGACUGCCUGAGCUGCGACCUGUGUGGCUGCCGACUUGGGGAGGUGGGCCGCCGGCUCUACUACAAGCUGGGAAGAAAAUUAUGUCGGCGAGACUACCUCAGGCUUUUCGGUCAGGACGGUCUCUGUGCUUCCUGUGAGAAGAGGAUUCGAGCAUUUGAGAUGACGAUGCGUGUGCGGGACAAAGUUUACCAUCUGGAGUGCUUCAAGUGUGCAUCCUGCCAGAAGCACUUCUGCGUGGGUGACCGCUACCUGCUCAUCAACUCAGAUAUUGUGUGCGAGCAGGACAUCUUUGAGUGGACCAAAGUCAACAAUAACAACAUGGUUUAGCAGAAUAUGUUGCUCAAGACGAGUGAGCGUCACCUUGCCUUUUCCCACUGGCUCUAAAGGGAAUGAAUCAUUGGUGAAUAGACUUUCUGUAGCCUGUGCGGGUUUUAUCAUGCAUCUGACAUUCAUAUGGAAUCAUUUUAACACAAAUGGAGAGGCUACAUCUCUGCAUUGCUUCCCUGCUGGGGACUAAUGAAGACUGCACCAGCAAUAACAGAAAGCUUGUCAUCUAAAGCUUCAUCCUUAAAUGCAAAAAAUGCUUAAACACUGAAAAUACUUAAACAUGCAAUAAUAAUUGUUUGUUAUAUACGCUGAGAUUUUAGAAUUUGAACAAAAACAAAAUCAUGUUUCUUGUAAUCAAACACUGUUGCAUCACGUCCGUCUGGUCUGAAAUGUUCAAUAAAAUUUUAGUAACUUUAUAUUUUAUGGGUCAGCAAUUUUCUCUCACAUUUCUUCACAUUUGAAGGCACAGCUUACCUGCUGCACUGGUGACUGAAAGAACACCGUCUCUAUUUUUCAUUUGAAAAGUAUAAAAUUACAUUGUUCUCUCCAGGAAAUUUAGCGCGGAAAUGUGUUAGGAAAUUACAGACCUAUAAAUAAAGUGUUUCCAGACUUUCAUAUUAAAAAUGGAAUACGAUGUCCAUUUUGUAAAGACCUGAUCAGAAUGAUUGUACUGUGUUGCCAGGUUGAACUGGUAGCGCCCUCUAGUGACCGAGGGAACCCAUGCAAUACUAAUUUAACUGACUUUGGAGAUGUUUCCAGUGUCUCUUUUGUAACUAAUACAGUUCUCUGGACAUGUGUCCAAGACUUUUUGGAUAUUGACUUGUCAAUUUAUGAAAUAAAUUGCAAUUUAGAGACGCAACAUGAUCCUUGGCCUGAGUGUCAAAGAAACAAAGAAACUUGAAAUCAGUGCAUUCAAAGGAAUAAUUUGACACAAGGUCUGCCCCAAAUCUGCACUUCAAAAUCAGUCAAGUACUAAACGACCUUGACUUUUAAGAGUGCUGUUAAGGGACAGUAAUCUCCCACAAUGCUGCACAGAAAAGAAAUGGAUUUCUUAUGUCUGGGGAACAAAGAAAAUAACGGAAAAAGAUACAUGUGGAUGGUAGUCAAAUAGCUCCAACAACAACAACAACAAACUAGUAACAGGUCAUAUUAAUAUUACGUUAAAAUUAAGGCAUGUUCUGCAUGACCAUUUUAUACAAUUUUACUCAACAACCUCCUAAUUAUGGCUUAUUGAUAGUAAGUAAGGAAGUUGUUCCAUAGCAAUUAACAGGUGCUUAAUAAUGACUGUUAAAGAGCCAGUAUUCUGCUAAUAUGCAUGCUAGUAAGCAACUAGUUAAAGGUGAAUAUGUGUACCUCAAUAUAAAGUGUGGCCAAGAAAAUGCUGUCAAAUUUUUGGGAAAACAUAGAAAUAUCUCUUUUUGAAGUUUAAUCACAGUUUGAUUUAUAAUUUCCUGACAGUAUAAAGUAUGUUGACUUCUUGUGCACCAACUGCAGAACUGCAACAUACACUCAAUCCAUAGAAUUACAUGAAAUUAGGACACAGCUAUGGCCUUCAGGAGUAUUUAGGAAACUAUUGUGAAUGUGUGUUUAAUAGACGGUAGAUUCUUACGGUGAAGUCUCGCAUCAUAGUAUUUUUUCCACUUAAUCAGUAGAUGUUGUGCUCUAUUCUUUAUACCUGUUUUAGCCACAAGAGGUCACUAGAAGAUUUAUGAAUUUCAACAGUCCAAUGAAUAACAGCUCCAUCAGGUAUUAUGGUUUUUGUUCGCCAGGUGCGCUAGGAGAGCAGCUGCAUUCUUUGCUGUUAUUUAUUGCGAAUCUAUUAUGGGAUUAAGGUUCU